AUACAACAUUUUCAAUUUCUCAGUGAUUUUGUAACUUAGAUUCUGCAACCUAAUCACAACAAUUCAAGAACAGAAACCAAAGCACUGAACCAACUUUCCUAUCAUCGUUUCAAUUUCAGGAAUUUAUUCAUUCUGGUUUCAAUUUGCACAGAAAACUGUUCAUAAUCCUCUUUCUCUCUCUCUCUCCGAGGGAACGAAGGAACGGCGACAACAAUGCAGACUUCGUCGAAGACCAUCUCUGCGGCUCUGCAACUGGUGGACGCCAAGAAAGAGAAUUUGAAGAAAGCCUACGAUGAUCUUCAAACCCAUUCCUCUCUUCUCUCUUCUUCCUUCUUUCCUCCUUCUUGGUCCCACAUCGACUCACACUUCACCUCCCUCCACAACUCCCUCUCUGAACGAUUUCACCUUCUCCAGACCCUCGAAUCCCAUGAGCAACACACUCACCCACCUCUUUCUCCCUCUAAAGAUCCCACCUUUCCACCCUCCCGUUCCGACCCAUCAUCGCAGAACGACGUCGCAUUGCCCAAAACCCACGCGGAACGCAUGAUCGCCCUCUGCAGCUGCAUGGAUGGAAAAGGGUUGCGGGACUACGUUGGGGAUCAUUUCAAAGACAAGGUUGCGCUCGAGGUUGAACUUCAGACUGCCCUCAAGCGUGCUUCCGAUCCCGCGUCGAUGAUUCUCGAUGCAUUGGACGGUGUCGUGGGUGCGAAUGUGGUGAAAGAUGAUAAGGAAUUGCGCAAAAGGAAGAGGACUUGCGGGUUGUUGUUUCAGCAGUUGAGGGCUGCGUCCGUUUCUGUGAGUUUUAAGGUGAGUAAGAGAGCAAAGAAGUUGUGUGCGGAGUGGAAGGGGAGCUUGCCCAGUGAAGGUGGUGAAGGUAUUGGGGCCAUGACUUUCUUGCAGUUUGUAGCGGCUUAUGGGUUGUUAUCUGAAUUGACAAAUAAUGAGAUUUUCACCUUCUCUGCCAUGGCUGCUGCCAAUGAUGAUCUUCCUGAGCUCUACCGAAGUAUUGGUUUGACGGACAAAGUUCCAGGUCUUGUUCAGAAACUUGUUGACAGGUGUAGACAUAUUCUGGCUGUCAAGUAUAUUUUUGAGUUCAAUCUUGCGGAUAAGAUUCCACCAAUUCCCAUUUUGAAAGCUCACGUGAAUGAAUCUCAGAAACUUGCUAAAAGACUUUCUGAGGAAGGGAAGUCACUGAAUGAAAUCACAGCCAGAGAAGUCCAUGCACUGAAAUCUGCAAUCAAGGUUAUUGAAAGUCAUAAUCUUCAAUCGGAAUAUCCACCUGAAAGCCUUCAACAGCGUUUAGAACAAUUGACGAAGCAUAAGGGAAAUUUAAAAUAUGGUGCAUCCGCUUUUUCUGCAAAGCCUCCCUCUCAUCAGCAGCAACAAGGUGGGCUCAAGCGUCCUCGAAUUUCUGCCCCCAUUGGUUCUGCAGCUGUCCUGAAUAGUGUCGGUGGUGCCAGUUCAACUGCUCACCACUACAAACAUCCUCAUUUCCAGUCAUCAGGUUUGUUGCGGGAGCAACAACCUUUUUUCCACUCACCAGGUUUGUUGUUGGAACAACAACCUCAUUUUCAGUCAUCAGGUUUGUUGCCUGAACAACAACCUCGUUUCCAGUCACCAGGUUUGUUGCCAGAACAUCGAAGUCCCUUCAUUAACUUGCCAACCAUGUCAUAUGGCAUGAAGGCUCCAACCCCAACCAUCUUGCCUUAUACAGGCGCUUCGGCUGGGCCUUAUGGUCUUGAUGAUGUCCCAAUGGGUCCCAGUGGCAACCUUGGUCAAGGUGGUUCUCUUCCAAAUUCAUCAGAGCCACUUGUGCCUUCUGGUUAUCAUGAUAGUGUCUCUGCCUAUGGUGGUUAUGGUCUGCAGCGUUAUUAUCGAACAUCUUAUCCUCAGUAGAUCUAGAAAUUGCUUUUUCUUUUGAAUACUGAACAGGGGUUGGUAGCUUUGGUAUUAGUUUUUCAUUGACUUUGCACUUCUGGCCUUUAAAUUAUAAAAACAUAGUUUGCUUUGUUGAUUCCAAUGAUUAUAGGAAAGAAACUAGAUUCAGUAUCGAAGGAUUGGGAGGGAAUGCUUGGUUUCACAAAUUUGAUUACUUGCAUAAUUUUACUUCGAUAAACUUCCUUUUUGGUUAAUCGCGGUCUUCUUUAAACUUCUCUGUUUUUGCACUUGAUCGCUGCCUAGGCUUAUUGUCUUUUCCAAGCAUUGAGGCAUAGUAUCGGGUUUCAAAGGUAAAACCCGCCCAAAUAGACACUUUCCAUAUUUUUAUUAGUUGUAGUGUUGCUUGUAAUUACUUGUUACACUAGUCUGCGCUGCAGUUGUUUCAAGAGCCCUUCAUUUUUUCCACGUCCUAGUGCUUAAUUUCAUACUAGUAAAUAAUAAAAAAACAUUUAAAUGCAGUUAUGGAAUUAAAAGUAUUUUAGCAUUACUCCAUAGCCAGACAACUGCAUCUAGAUUGUAACUUUUGUCUGGCUGCCUCUCACUGUACAAAGAAAUUCAAUUUUCUCUUCCAUCGGUUUCAAGGAUUUUAAUCCAAAAGCACAGGGUAAUCCAUCCGGUCCUGUAGCCUUGACAUAGAUCCUAUGGGAAUGGUAUUCUUUUCUCAUCCGUGAGACCAUGCAUCAUCCACAUGGAUUGAAAAAUACAAGAUAUUUUUUUUCUUAUUUUUGUCAAUACCCUGUAUGAACUGUCUGUUGUGCUCAUGUGAACAAAAAUAUUUUCAGUAGUUUCUCAUCUAUGGUUUCUUUAUUUUUCUUUUGUGUUUUGGUUAAUGAAUAUCCUGUAUGAAAUAAAAAAAAGUUCUUGGCUUUAUUAGCUUCUUUCAAACAUGGUUUUUGUGCCAAAAUUAGCAAGAAACAAUGUUUUAAUCUCUUUGAUUUUGAAAAUUCUUCUGUAUUUUGAACUGAUUCAUAUGUUUUGAUGGUGAAGGGUGCUUAUUAUGGAUUAUGAUUCCCACUGUACUAUAAUAAUCAUCAGUAUGAAUCAUAUCUCAUUGUCCAUUUGACAUUUGUUUUGUUGACAACUUACAUACAAUUGAUAAUAUUUUUAUUGUGUCUAAUAGAACUAAUUCUAGUUGAGUAUAUUGCAUCUUCAGCAGAUGUAGAUGAGUUGAUGUUAAAGGUCAUCAUGGUAGUGGUAUUCGGUUGAAUCAUGGUCUGUAUGCUUUGGUCUAUAGUAGUUGAUAUCUCUAUUUUUUAGAAAGCAGCCCAAUUACAAUAUGUUUGGGUUCCAUCGCCUUGGGCUAAUCCAGGUUAUGUGACACUGAAAAUGUAGGAAAAUAAAUAAACUUUUGGGCUGUCUGAAGUCUAUAUAGAUUUUUGUAUUUUUUUAGUCAUGAAGUGGGGGAAAAAGUUCAGUACAGUUGAUAACAUAAAAUAAAGAAAAAUGGCUACUGGAAUUGCUCACAUUGUCACACUGCCAAUGACAAUCACAUGCUUAAGUUUGAAACCCAUGUCUUCUGAAGGUGGGUUAUGUGUGUAUGCAUAUCCUGCUAGGUGUAGGUUCUCUUAGCAAUAUUUUUAGCACCAUUUGGUUUUUUACUAUAUGCUUCUGCACUGUAGUUUCAUCUCUAACUAGGAAGUUAUUAGCUGAAUGAAUGAAUUAGCUUGAAUGUUACUUAUGAAUAGUUAACACUAAAA